AAUUUCCGUUCAUUAGCUUUCAACGGUUCGGUCGGUCCACUGCCUCAGCGCGAUACACCUCGAGAUAAAACUACAAAUGAAAAGAACGCGUACGCAUGCCACAUACGUAUAACGAUGUAAACAAAGAGAUAGCAAUCAAAAAGGCGGUACAACGAGUGCAUUUUACAGAUACACACACCCAUGGUUCGGAGCAUUAAUCGAAACUGUGCCAAUUCUCGAGUGUCAAGUGCCAGACCAGAUUCUAGAAAUUCAAAGUGAAAUCAAAUUGGAAAAUAAAAUAAAAUAAAAUACAAUCAAGCAAUUAUGGACAAGCAAAUGCUUUGCCAUAUAUCGGCAUUUGGGCUGGUGUUCCUGCUGACCUUUGUGGCGGAGACUAAUGCCUAUGGAUUUGGACGUUGCCCCAACUAUCCAUCGAUGCCAAAGUUCAAUAUGAGUCGUGUUCUGGGCCAUUGGUAUGAGGUUGAACGUUCGUUUUACCUACCAGAGAUCGCUUCGGGCUGCACCACAUUUCAGUUCGAGCCGUACAGCAAGGGGGAACAGUCCAAGUUCCAAAACUUUAAGCUGGGAGUGGCCAUCAAGAACAUCAAUCGUAUAACUGGCAAUCCGAAUGUAAAUAUUGGCUAUGCCACGCCCGAGAACAGCCGAUCGUCCAUCAUGGAUUUCAAGUUUACAACACGCUUUCCGGAUGUGAUUGCCCGUCUGUUGCCUGGAUCUGGGAAGUACCAAGUGCUCUACACAGACUAUGAGAACUUUGCUAUCCUUUGGUCCUGCGGCAGCAUUGGCUCCCUCGGCCAUUCCGAUCAGAUAUGGAUAUUGGGGCGUGAUCGCGACUUCGAAGUUGACAUACGCUCCAAGGUGUACGAUGUGCUGAAGAAACUCUCACUGGAUCCGGACAGAUUGAUCAUUAGCAAAAACAAAAACUGCCCCGAGGCAAUCUGAGAAGCAGCUCAGAGCCCCAUGGGUCAUCCCCCCAUUUGUAUAUUUAUGUUCUCAUUUGGUUAAGGAACAUAUUGAAUUUCAUGCCUAAUCAUUUAGGCUGCUGUGAUAUCGAGGAGUGUGAAU